GAUUUUGAGGACUGGGACGAUGUAGGACUGAACAUCCCUAAGCCAGCCGAGCUGCUGCAGCUGUACAGGGACGCGAUGAGACAGCCGGGACACAGCGCGCCCAUGCGCGACUGUGGGAGUCAGGUCACGCUGGCGACAGACGAGGAACUGGCACUGAAGCAGCAGGUUAUGUCCCUAACAGUGGAGUUAGAGGAAGUCAGAACUCAGUUGGUAAACCUGGAGAGAGAAAAGGCUGCUGAACUUACUGCUAACAUUGAGAGGCUGUCGACAGUAGAAACAGUGCCGACACACUACGCGACAGAGACAGUGUCAGUACGCAGCGCGACACCGGAACACUUCGAGAUGAUAGACGCAGCGGCACGACACGGCUCGGAGAGUGGGAGUGGGAUGGAGCGUCUCUGCGAUGACAACGACACCUCCAGUCUCAAUGACACCGAGUGGACGCGUGUUAAUGCGUGCAUCGACUCGGAGACCGGUAGCGCACUGGGUCACUAUCCUGAAGGCUCUGGUCGGCCUGGAGAUAUAGAAGGCGGAUGUGAGGAGAGAGAGGAGCCUGCAGGAGCGGAGGAUCCCCUCCCCCUGGAUCUCCUGUCCCCCUCCGUCACUGCCAACAGAUCCCUGCCACCUGAGUUCCAGCGAGAAGUGGUCUGUCGAUGUUUUGUCAACACAGCCCGGGUGGGGGAGACACCACUGCUACACGAGUUGCUACACGAGGGGAUCAGUCUGGCAAGGUUAACUCAUGUGGUGGCACUCACUCUUCCAAGAAUCAUACCAAAUGUUCUUAUCAACAAACGAGAGGAACUGAUACCUCUAUUGGUCUGUACAAUUCACCUACACCAAGACUCUGCUCAGAGGGAUACUCUGCUGCAGUGGCUGUUCAAUCUCAAGAAAAGACCGCAAGAAGAAGAGAGAAGAUGUAUCCUAGCAGGUAUGGUCAGCCUCGCUCGAGCCAGCAGCCAGACCGUUAUCGAGUCUGAACUACUGCCUCACUGCUGGGAACAGAUGAGCCACAAACACACGGAGAGGAGACUGCUGGUUGCCGAGGCCUGUAGUGCACUGGCUCCAUACAUAUCGGCAGGUCUGCGUAACUCCUUAUUGCUGUCCAUACUGCAACAGCUACUGGGGGAGGACAGGGAGGAAACUGUUCGUGUGUCCUGCGUCCGCAGUCUUGCCCUUAUAGUGGCAGUGAUGGCUGACACCGACAAGUACACUCAGUGUGAGGAGUUGACACUUAUUGCUCUCCAAGACAGUGCGACUGCGGUGGCGGACUCUGCAGUUCACAUCCUGCUGCCUAUCCUCGCCCAGUGGUCGCUGACUCUUCACUACCUACAGGAUAAGUUGCUCACCAGACUGCUGUCAUCGCUUCACGCUGCUCUCAAGCGCAGUGGAGGUGGAGCUAGUGUGCUGCUGCUGUCAGCCGUACGAUCGCUCCUACCGUACCUGGUGAUGAGUGUGGCCGCUGUGGAAACAGUCACCAGUAGAAUACUGCCAGGACUACCCCUAGCUGAGCCACGUUCAGGGUUUGCGGACUUGUGUCAAGGUCUGGCCAAUCCUGCAAUAUUCUACAACGGAGAGUUCACGGUGGGCUCGGUGAUGAGUGCCUUUGACGUCGUUGUAAGAGAAACUCGGUGGUCGGAACUUGACUGGGUUCUCAACACAAUGAUACCAAAAUUGUUGGACAGUUUAGACCUAGUGGACGUAACUAAUGAAGAUUUACUGAAUGGUUUCAUCGCAUUCUUCAAAUCUCUCACGGCUGGUUUCGGAAAGACUGUCACUGUCAAUAUGAUCAAGCCUAUAUUCUCUGAAAGGCUGAACAUUCUGGAGUCUAGAUUAGUCAAUUUGGACAAGGACUGGCCUAACCUCUCACUUAUACCUGUGUAUCUUCUGGCAGUGGUCGCUCCCGUACAGAGUGAGGUGGGAGAAGUUGGCAACACUGUCCAGAGAUUCCUGUUGUCCCUGGCGUUGUGUGGCGCCCCUGUAGACUGUCUGCAGGUCAGCGUUUCUCAGCUGUCCAAAGUUCCAGCUUUACACGAAACCCUCAUGACCGCGCUGUGGGAAGGAGUGGUACACCCUCGGCCCUCCGUGCGAGCAGUAACAGCCACCAUGUUUGGACACGCCAUACGCUGUGUAGGAGAGUCCAUGACUACCAACCGCAUCGUCCCUGCUCUCAUCACAUUAGCAAGCGAUCCUGACAUUACCGUGAAAACUGCAACCAUUCCAGUCUUUGGGACUUUGAUAGAAUAUUCAACAAAUAAAGAGGUAGAGGAUAAAACGUACUUUCAACUGCAAUCACUUCUCAGUGACCCAACGGCCCGAGACAGUCACCCGGCACUGCUACAGCUGGUGGCAACACUGGGUUGCAUCGUGUCCCGGUGUGACAGUUGGUUCCGAGACGAUGUUGUGGUACCGCAGCUGGCAGCUACGGCCCGCGUACACGCUACAGCUAACCAACCAGAGCCGGCGGUUGGACCUAGCGUUAGCGCUGGUGCAAGCCUUCAACAACGCAGUCUACUGCUCGCUCUCCAAGAGUACCAUCACGACAGCUCUCAUACCUGGUCUCAGGUACCUAGAGCAGGUGUGCAGUCAGUCGCUGACCAGUCAUCACGAGACAGUGCUCAGCAUGAUACAGGAGGCGGAGUCUCGCUCUGAUACAGCCAAGCCCAUAGAGAGAUCCAGCAGUACACUAAGCCUGGCAAUGGCCACAUCAAAUGUUGGGCAAGGAAUGGAGGACGUGAAGAAUAGAGUUACCAAAAUAUUCCAGACGCCCAUCUCCAGGCCUACCAACCUUCCCAAUCUGCAAAGUAUAAA